AUGCCGCUGUUAAAAUAUGCGAAAAGUCUGUGUUAUUUUUAUUUUAUUUAUUCUUUUUCGCAAUUUCUUCUUGCUAUCGCCAUUGAACAAAGCCUUUUCCCGACUUUUUCCCGAUACGCUCUCUGUUCUCCCUUUCUUUCUAACACUUUUACCUUUUCAUUCCUUCCCACUUCAAGCUCAAUACCAUUUUUGACCACCAUUUUCUUACACUUUGAUCUUCUAUUUUUAUUCAUUCCUUUGUUUUUCUUUCAUCCAUUUUCCUUUUCUCCUUCAUUAUCACGGCAUCUCUUCAUUGUCUUUUCUUAUUACAUCUCUUAUUAUACUCUUCAUCAUUUUGCGACCUCUUCAUUUUUAUGUUCUUUCUUGCAUUCUCUCUUUUCUAUAUUUCUUCAUCUCUCUUCCAGCUUUUCUUUACAUUCAAUUAAAUUCUCUCUUAUGCAAUUAUACGCCUAA